AUGUCUUUGCAGGAUGAGUCCAUUGAACAAAUAUCAAAAUAUAGGUUUUAUCGUAUAGGAAAAAUCAAAACACUUUCGUACAAAAGUCUUCUAAGAAGAAAGGCAAAGAAGGAGAAAGAGUUUCAACCAAUACGUUCCUAUAUCACGUGGAUUCUAUACUUCUCGUUUUUAAAGCUUUGCGAAUGUUUCACAAAAGAGAAUACGCUAAGGCAAUAUUUCGAAGAUUGUGGCAACUAUAAGGUAAAAAACAGGGCUAUACCUGUUAUGCAAUUAGGUCACCAACCAUAUAGCUUGGUUGACAGACAAAAGUGGACAAGAACAUCGGCUGUAUAUUUUUCAACUUCAGUGGAAUUAAUGAUGAACGGAAAGGAAAAGCUGAUAGUUUCAUUGGGUAGCAGCAGUUUUUGUGGAUCACAAAAUCAUUAG